AUGGCGUCCACUUCAGCUCAAGCGAGCAAGUCGGCAGGACCGGUAAUUCGUAAUGGAUUCGUGAUUCCGAGCAUUCGACUCACCCCGCCACCCGACCGCCCUAGGAAGUCUGAGCCCGCACCGGACCAGGAUCUCUCCAACAAGACACUGUAUGUUCCCCUGCGCACCGACGAGAUUGGUUGGGAAGAGGGAGGUUUGAUUUGGGGUGGAAGAAGACCUGUGUACGCGUAUCCCACGGUCAAUCUUGUGAGUAAUUGAAAGAGAAGGCGAGUCCGGGGAGGUCAGCACGCUGAUCUCGCAUGCCUGCUGCUUUGCCACCUUCGCAGUACGGUGGGGACGACGAUCACAUUAUCGGCACAUAUCGAGGCGGGCCGAAAGGCUACUCGUUCUACAGCAUCACGGACUCCAAAUUCUCGGUAGCAAGCUCGGAGGACUGCGAGGAGAGGCCUCCUGGACGCAAAGCACCUACCGAGCGGCCACCGAGGAGAGAGACUGGCGAUGAGAUCGAAUCGGAUCCUGGGUCCCCCACGUCUCGGACGAGCACCGGGCAUUCUUCCUCAUCAUCUUCUGCGAGCACGUCUCGGUCAGACUCGACUGGCGCCACCUCGUCCAGCUCGUGCAAAUCGGCCACUGCUGCGCCUCCUACGCCGAUCAAGACGACGUGCGUUGAGACGUGCGCUGGGCCAUCUGCCUCUACGUCGGUGCUCGAGGGCGCUGCUCAGACCAGCAGUCCAGUCGCGACUGACGGUGCAGAUGAGCUACUCCAGGGGGCAUCGACUCCAUCUAGCUCAUCUGCAGCCUCUUCGCGCCGCAGCAGCUCGUCGGCUGAUGCUUCGGGCGUGGAUACAGGUGCGACAACACCCGUAGCAGACGUGGAGCAAGCUGCGUUUACUGAGGACGACCUGAGCGAGCGACUCAAGACGAAGCUCGCGUCUCUACAGACGUCGGACGACUCUGACGGCCCGCGGCCGACAAGGAAGCUUGCGCGCCGCGCGGGCUCUCUCGACCUUUCGACUGCGCAGGAGGAGAGGCAAGCUUUGACGAAAGGCGCCAGAGCAGGCCGAUCGAUCUCGCUAGACUUGCGCAGUCCGGGAGCUGAACGCUGCUGGCCGGCAGGAAGGGGAACUUCCGGAUACGACGCUUCAGGCGUCGCUGGACUGGAAAUGUCUAGUGGCUCCUUCUAUGAAGACCACUGCUGA